AACAAAGCCCCGCCGCCUUGAUGGGUGAAAUAUUAACUAGAGCUUCUUUGUCUUUUUAAUUAUAUCUUGUUCUUUCAAUAUGGUUAUGUUCAAACAGUGAACGAUGACGACUGAUAUUUAAGUUCUAAUCGUUCAAGAUCUUCAUAUGGAAAGCAAUGGGACAGUGGAUCUUUCUCCUCUUGAAAAGAAGAAGAAAGCUGUUUGACGUCUCCCCUGCAGCUAGCGAGGAGCUCUCCAAUUUUACGGAGAAACUGCGGGAACGAUCAGUGAUGGCCGGUGAGUAUGUGUACAUGUAGAAGGUACCGCCAUUAAUUACAGAAAGAGGUCAGUGAACGCCUCUUUCUGCGUCUGCUUCUCCUCCGUUUCCUUCUUCUUCUUUGCUGAAUACAGAACCAACCAACGAGACGGGAUGGGUGCCAUGGAGUUCGAGCCCGACACAGGGCUGACCAACGAUGACCUGAAACCAACCAUGCGAGACCAGCGGACUCUGACUGGUUGGGAGAUGGCGAGCCUCUGGGUCGGCAUCGUGAUCGGGGUCCCCAACUACUACCUGGCCGGCAGCCUCGUCGAGCUCGGCAUGUCGUGGUGGGAAGGGAUGCUCACUGUCACCCUCGGCAACCUCAUUAUCCUCUUUCCCCUUCUCUCCACCGGCCACGCCGGCGCCGAAUAUGGCAUCCCCUACCCGGUCUUCGUUCGCGCCUCCUUCGGCGUCCGGGGUGCCCACAUCGCCACCGUCAUCCGCGGCCUCGUGGCCUGCGGCUGGUUCGGCAUCGAGACGUGGAUCGGCGGCCAGGCCAUCCUCCUGCUCGUCCCCGACUCCCUCAAGCCAGCGUCCCUCUCCCGAACUAUCUCCUGGCUCGACGCCUCCCUUCUCCAGCUCGCCUUCUUCUUCCUCUUCUGGAUCCUUCAGGUCGUCGUCAUCUGGAAGGGCAUGGACGGCGUGAGACGGUUGCAGAAGUACUCUGCACCUAUUCUUAUCAUCCUCGCUAUCUUGCUCCUCGUUUGGGCCUAUGUGCGUGCCGGCGGGUUCGGGAGCAUGCUCUCUACAGAGUCGACUCUUACCCCUUCGGAGUUCUGGCGGCUCUUCUUCCCCUGCCUCACCGCCUGCGUCGGAACAUGGUCCACCAUGGCCCUCAGCAUCCCGGACUUCACGCGGUUUGCCCGCAGCCAGGGCGAUCAGGCCCUCGGUCAGGCCAUCGGCAUGCCCCUCAGCUCGGCCGCCUACGCCUUCAUCGGCCUCGCCGUCACCUCCUCCACUCAGGUCAUCUUCGGCGAGACAAUCUCCAAUCCCAUUCUGCUCCUCCCCAUGAUCAGCACCAGCGUCCCCAUCAUCCUCAUUUCCAUAGUCGGUAUCACCCUUGCCGUCCUGACCACCAACGUCGCCGCGAACGUCGUCGCGCCGGCGAAUGCCAUCGUGAAUCUCAAUCCGGCCAGGUUUGGCUUUAGAGGUGGGGCUUUGGUUACUGCCGUCAUUGGGAUACUGUUCCAGCCUUGGAGAUUGUAUGGGUCCAGCGAGACCUACGUCGACACUUGGCUGGUUGGUUGCUCCGCGCUUCUGGGACCCGUCGCCGGCAUUGUCGUCGUCGAUUACUGGGUGCUCCGGCGAGGUGUUCUGGAUGUUGGUGCAUUGUACUCUAUGAAUCCGGUUAGUCCAUAUUGGUAUUUCAGGGGAUUCAAUCUUGCCGCCAUCGCGGCAAUGGUCGUUCCAGUGUUGGUUGUGAUUCCGGGAUUCCUUUAUGAGGUUGGAAUUCUGAAUUCCGUUCCCGCUGUGCUAGUCGGGAUUUAUGACGUUGCCUGGUUCAUCACCUUCUUCUCUGCCGGCGCUCUUUACUGGAUUCUUUCUAGUUUGUGGGGAAGAACUAAAAUGGCCCAAGUGCACGAUCCACUGCUGCUCAAUUCUUCUCCUUGAAGAGCGUCGCAGUAACGAACGGUUGCCAGUGAACUGAAUCGCAGAACGUAUUUGGUGAUGUAGAAUCUGAAACUAUAAACAUGGAGGAUCUUGAUCUCAUGCUCCUUACUUCCCGUAAAAAUUCGUAUAGAGAAAGGUUCGUUGUAUUUAAUAUUAUUCGUGAGCUUCUGGAUUCAAGUGGUGGAUAUUACAGUUUCUUUCGAAUUGGGGAGGCAUCAUCUAGAAAUAACUGAAAGAACUCAAACAAAUCACUGUUGGUAUCGGGCUGCCUUACCUUUCACCUUUCCAAUUGAUUCAUCUGUAAAGUUUGAUUUAUUUCAAGCAUUGGAACACAGAUUGUUGUUUUUAAUAAUCA